GAGAAAGCAGCAAUCAUUUCAGUUUCAUACAAAAAUGCCUUCGUUUGGACUUCGCAGUAGUUAGCCCAAACAAUACCGGUCAUCGUCCCUGCACAACAGAUGUUACAGUAACUAAUGAGUAGCUGGGCUCUCUUUAUGAGGUUAAAGUGGAACCCUUCAGCUCCCUCAUCUUGCCCAUCCCCUUUCGUCCAGCCACACCCCUUCUCCAAGCACAAAGGGUCAACUUUAAUAUGCUGCAAGGUCAUGAGUGGUACAGUCCAACAGAUCACUCUAACUGCUGGCACCCCCUACUUCCUGCGAGUGGACUGGGCCGUAGACCUGGGUGCUGGGUUCACAUUAGCGCUCACUGAUGGCAACUCGGCAUGGAUCGGAGAGGUUUCAGAGGAUGAGGUGACAAGGGAAGCCAACGAUAUGGGAGCCACAAGGAAAAGAUAUGUUGAGGAUCUUCUUCAAGCGCUAACAGGAGGUAGAGGAGCAGGAAGGAGAGGAGGCGGCAAGGCGGUGUAUUCUUUCCAUGUCACAACAGAUCACUGUCAUCUCUCAUAUCAGAAGAUCUGUAAUGACAUCUCGGUUCACUUGGGUUCGGUGGAGCUCCAGCCAGUUCCGGACCCUCUGGAGCUGAACCAGAAGAUAAUUGGCCAGUCUCUAAAGCACAGUACAGAUCUGGAGUCAAAAAACUGCCAGCUGUUAGAGGAGAACCGUAGACUGAAACAGGAGCAUCAGAGAAUACUCAGAGAGCUGGAGCAGCAGCUUGAGGAUAAGGAGAUGUUGGAGGGGAAGCUGUACUCGCGUUUUGUCAUGGUGCUGCAUGAGAAGAAGGCCAAGAUCAGAGGCCUGCAGGAUGCUGUCCGCCAACUCCAACUGACUGACGACCAGCAGGCAGAUGAGGAGGGUAGACAGAGUGACAAUGACACAACUCACGGGGAAGAAGAGGGGGAGACAGUUCAGAGCGUCCAUCCAUCACAGGAGCCAACUAUUCUCAUCACAGGUCGUAAUCUGGUAUGCCAGGGCAUCUCUGUGGACCAGACUUUUUCUGAUGAGGAAGAUGAGCAACCGAGCCGGAAGCGCAGGCAGCUUCACACCCUGAGCCCAGAACCUCCUGAGCAGGAAUAAAAGCAGCUUUAGGUCCUGAGGUCAUCACAGUGUGUCUUCACACUGACAGUAAUGAAGCCGUGGAGACGUACUCAGGGUCUUUACGUGACCAUACUACCUUUGACUUCUGGACCUUCCUGCUGUCUUUUAUGAUUUUGAUGAUACCUAAACGCCUGCUGAAGACCACGGGUGGCCUCCUGGAUAAUCCCACAACACGCGCUUGCAGGUUUAAUAAUCCCCACAGGAAUGUCACACUGUCUCCUCUAUACAUCCCAUAAAUAAGGCAUGUUAUAAAGGGAAGACCCGAUCAGUUUCUAAGAAACAUUUACAGAUAAGUGCAUGAUAAUGUACGAUGGAGGAUGAGACCAAGUUUAGGAAACUACACUGAAUAUUUCUGUCAGUGGUUCCACUCAGAAUAUUAUAGCAUGCAGAAUAUUCUAAAUUUGGCCUAUUUGUGCUGUUUCCUUAUUACAUUUGUCUAAUUUAAAAGACAUUUUAAAUGUUUUAUUCUGUCAAUCAGUUGAUUCAAGAAUUUUUAUUUGAUUUUAUAUAUAACACAUGGAAAGAAGAGGAAAUGAUAUUUUAAUCUGAAAUAAUUGUGAAAUAUUGUAAAUGUUUUCUGGGUUCAUAUCUAUUGUGAGAUAUCUUACAAGACGAGGCAUGUUAACUUCAACCUGACUUGAAUAAGCAUUUAACUCUUUGUUUUUAACCAUAUGCAUUUCCCAAGAGACACACAUGUAGAGGAACAUCCAAUUUGUGAAUAAAAUUAUUCAGAUUAUUUAAGAUGCAAACCAUGAUGUGUCAUGGAGUUUACACGGGACAUGUUUCUGUCAUGAGAGGUUUUAUACUGUACAGUGAAAACAUGUCAACAUAAAGAGGUUUUCAUUGUAGUGGUGUACACUAAGAAUAAGUUGUUAGCAUGAAGAAUCGUGAUCCUAAUAAGAAUGUAAUACUUCAGAAUGAUUAUUAAUAGAGUUUCAUUCUAAAAUAAGAUGUCAGUUUGCAAAGGAAGGAGAUAUAAGUGUAAUUGUUUAAAAGUAAAACACUUAAUUAUGAGCUGUAGCAGUGGUACAUGUAUAACUAAAUGUAAAACAUACAGUAAAGUCACUAUCUACCACAGGCUCCUAUUUGAGCAGAUAAUCUAAUUAGUCUUUGAAGCAUCCCAUUUAUUAUCAUAUUAAUUAGAAAAAGUGACACAAGCACAUGUUUCUGUCAAAGCUAUAAAAACAUUUCACUUUCAUUUUCCAUUAAAGCUCAGAUGGAUUUCCAGUGAUGAAGUCGCUUUGUGUUGGCUUGUCAUACCAGCUUCUAAAACAUUGUAACCAAUCAACAAUUACGUUUACAGCUGGUAAAAGUUGAGUUCAUUUUGUUCACAUGUUGGAAUUAAACCGUGAAGUUACAACCACAUGGCUUUCUAGCAAGGGCGGGUCUAGCUCACCGGGGCUAUACAGCAGCCCAUGCAGCUGAAAGGGUUAACAUUGUUUGUGAAAGAGCGAUGAUGGCUGUGCCAGGCUGAAAUUAAACGUUCAGUCACUUGCUUAUCAUCGUCAUUCACUUACUGCGUGCACCUGUUGGAUUCCCAUCAUUCAGGCAAAUGACAGGAAUCUUCCUGCUUUCCCGCCACGGAGCUGCAUUUGAGACAGAGCGGUCUUUGUCUGCUGUCGGGCUGUGCUGUGCUCUCACUGCUCACCGCCUUACACCGUAAUGUCUGAAAGAACUUCGCAUUACACAAGUGAUGUUUGAAAACUGAACAUGCCAACUCUCUUGAGAAUAUAAAAUCAAAAACCCUGUUAUGAGUAACUGUUCUCUCACCCUUCAGACAUGUUGGACCAGUUGGGGAAUGCUUCCUCUUUUGAUUACUGCACUACAGCCUCCCUCUUGCGUGAAUCAACCAAAUCUUGUGAUUCAAUAAAACACAUUUUAAACGCUACUUCAACUAUUGAUUUCUUUUUCCAACUCAGAAAUGUUAUUGGUUUUAUUGUGCCAGUCGUGUCAGACAUUCUAACAAAUUACCUCUUUUUGCUCACAGUGGGCUGUACCGCUGUUUCUGCUGGGAGCGGCACACAUAUGGAAGUAAAGCGGUGGGCUUGCUGUUUAAAAUUGAAUUUAUUUCAGUGCAAUACAAUGUUUAAUGUGUGUUACUUGUGUGUGUGUGAGAGACCAAAGAGCUUGUCUGUACAUAUACUGCCUUUAUCUCUUAGUAUAACAGAAAUAUAUGCAAGAAACAUAUACAAAAAACAUUUACGAUGUGGGAAAUGAAAACUGUGUGAGGUGCGUCCGAGAUAUCAUACUGUACAUAGGCUACAUACAAAACAGAAAUCACAUUUAGUGCUGACUUUUCUUAUUGACUUGAUUUACAGUCGAGUCUUGUCUAUACUGCUCUACACAUUUUGCCAGUGGCAAAGAUUAUCUGCUUUGUUUCAACCCAGUCAUUAAAACAACCUUUUGACCAUUA